UCCUGCAAAUAAUUGCACAUGGAUGCAUUUCUCCACCACAAGGAGCCCCAUUGAAGGCAAUGGAGCCAGGUACAGGGAUGUGCCUGUGUAUUGUGAGUUGCAGGACUGGGUCCUAGUCUGCCAGGCUGGCCUUUAGUAACACCGUUCUAAUGAAGGAAGUGGCUGGGUUAGUGUAUUUGACUAUAAUUUCCCCAAAUCAGAUGAAAUUGAAUUCCCCUUUGUGUUUCAGGAGAAUACUUCACAGGGAUUUAAAAGCCAAGAAUAUUUUUUUGAAAAAUAACCUUCUUAAAAUUGGGGACUUUGGAGUUUCUCGUCUCUUGAUGGGAUCGUGUGAUCUGGCAACUACGUUUACUGGGACACCUUACUACAUGAGCCCAGAGGCACUGAAACAUCAAGGUUAUGACACAAAAUCCGACAUUUGGUCACUGGGAUGCAUUUUGCAUGAGAUGUGCUGUCUGGAUCAUGCAUUUACUGGACACAAUUUUUUGUCUAUUGUGCUAAAAAUCGUGGAAGGCAACACACCUUCUCUUCCUGACAGAUAUCCAAGUAAACUGAACACAGUCCUCCACAGCAUGCUGAACAAGGAUCCUUCUCUGAGACCAUCUGCAGCAGAGAUUCUAAAAAUCCCCUACAUUGAUGAACAAUUACAGCAGAAUGUCAAAUGCAAAUUCACAAAUAUGGCUCUGAAAGACAAGACAUUUAUUUGUCAGAAAGAAGCUGCUUGCAUCGUUAAUGCUGUGCAGAAAAAAAUCCAUUUGCAAACUCUGCGGGAACUGUCUGAGGUGCAGAAAAUGACCCCAAGAGAGCGAAUGAGGCUGCGGAAGUUAAAUGUUGCAGAUGAGAAAGCAAAGAAGCUUAAACAACUGGCUGAAGAAAAAUAUCAAGAAAACCUCAAAAGAAUGCAAGAACUGAGGUCCCGUAACUUUCAGCAAUUGAGUAUAGAUGUGCUUCAUGAAUCUGAUGAGCAGACUUCAAAGCAUCUGAUUCAGUCUCAGCCAGUCACUGCACUGGACUACAUAUCCAUAGGACAUAAAGAACCAAGUGAAAAUGAGACACCGGGCAGGCUCUGUAUGUCUGAACCUGUGGAGCACGAGAUCCCCGAAGAUCCACAAGUUGCAGAAGAAUAUUAUAACGAUGUGUUUGAGUCUUGUUCGGAAACAAGUGAAGAGGAGGAGGAAAAUAUGGAAGUAUCACAGACUGUCUCUAAAACAAAUCAGCAGGACAGUGAUGUCGAGGCAAUGGUCAGGUAUUUGGAGAACGUCCUGAAUAACAGCUCUCUAGGUUCUGGGACUGUCACCGGCGUGGCUCCAGUAGUGCCCCAGGGAUCGAGAGCAAUCAACAACACCAUGGCUGAGACCAAGCUGAAACGCAUGAGAGAGCGCUGCAGAGAAAAGCAUUUGGUGAUAUUUUUGUUCUGGUCUUGUGAUUGCUCCUGGCACUGUUGGUUUAGAUUCAUGAAUAUUUUCUCUAGAAGGAAAUGCAUUACCAGAGACUUCCCCAUUUCCAUUGAAUACAUGCAGAGUCACACACAGAGCGACGGAAACAGAAUUAAUGCACCUCAGGAUUCACAUUUACAGAUCAGCAAUUCAGAAGCUCGGAGCGGAAGUAUUUGAAAAGGUUUACAGCUAUCUUAAGAAAGCAAGACAGCAGAAUGCAAGUGAAGAUGAGAUCCGGGAACGCCUGGAGAAAGUGGUUUCUAGAGCAAGCGACUGUUUUGAAGUGGAUCAACUUCUCUACUUUGAGGAUCAGCUGCUUG